GCAUCUAAGUCAGUUGUCUCUAACGGUGCCACAGAGACAUCGUCCAAGUGACUCCAUAAUCCUUUCCCUUUGACAUACAUCCGAAACUGAAAUUCCCAAACAAGAUAAUUCUUUCCGGUAAAACGAACACAAAUAUGAUCUAUCUCUUCUUCGGAAGCCAUAAUAUCAGAGAUGACUUAAGAACAAUUUUGUUAACGUAACAAUUUUGUUAACGUAACAAUUUUGUUAACGUGAAACAAGAAACACCAACGGAACACUGAAGAAAAUACUUGCCGACACCAAAUCAACACCCCAAUUCAGGAUACUCGCCGACACCAAGUCAAAACCCUAAUUCAGAAUAAUUGCCGACACAGAGUCAAAACUCUAAUUCAGAAUAAUUGCCGACACAGAGUCAAAACCCUAAUUCAGAAUAUUUGCCGACACCGAUACGAUAACACGAGAUUAGAAUCGCAAUCUUGGAAGAGAUUACCGAGAACCGAGAUGAUUUCAAUUACCGAGAAACGAGAUCUACCGAGACGAUUUCAAGAGCGACCCAGUGGGGUGUCGCUGAAUAAAGCCAAGAUUAACCUAAACUCACAGGUUUGAUCGAAAACCUACUGAUACCAUGUCAAUAAUUCUUGGCUUGAUACUUUUCUCAUUAUUAUUUCUCGUAUAUAUAAAGGUUACAGGGCUAUAUCGGUAAUUACACUAAAUAAUUACAUUUAAACUAAUUCCUAUUCACAAUUCCAGGCUAAAAAUUAUACAUAGAGAUUUGAAGGCAAGUAAUAUCUUGCUAGAUAAUGAGCUUAAUCCAAAAAUAUCAGACUUUGGUAUGGCCAGAAUCUUUGGAGGGAAUGAAGAUCAAGAAAAUACUCGAAGAGUUGUUGGUACUUAUGGUUAUAUGUCUCCAGAAUAUGCAAUGCAAGGACUCUUUUCUGAUAAAUCAGAUGUCUUUAGCUUUGGAGUUUUGCUUCUUGAGAUUAUUAGUGGAAGACGAAAUUCAAGCUUUUAUAACUGCGAGAACUCUCUGACCCUUUUAGGAUUCGUGUGGAUACAAUGGACAGAAGACAAUAUUUUACCUGUGAUAGAUCCAGGAAUAUACGAUCAUAUACAUUAUAAAUCCGUUUCUAGGUCCAUACAUAUAGGACUCCUUUGUGUACAGGAAUUUUCCACAGACAGGCCUACUAUGGCUGUUGUGAUUUCUAUGCUUAAUAGUGAGAUUGUAGAUCUUCCUCCUCCGAAGAAACCUGCAUUCGUCCUGAGGCAGAAUAUGCUGAGCACGGUGUCGUGUGAAGAAUGCAAUGAUGGGUUGCACUCUAUCAACUUAGUCAGUAUUUCAGACAUCCAUGGCAGAUAGUUAACUAAGAGGUUUAUAUGUUCUUUUUCAAUUCUUUUUGCACAACCAAAUUGGCAAAAUGUAUCAAGGGAAGGCUCAAUCAAAAAAUGUAUAAAUUCUGAUUUUGGUUACCAUACACACAUUCUUCACAAAAUUCAAGUUUGCAAUUCUUCAUGCAUGCUGCCCAGAAGACC